CACAAUAAUUACACAAUUGGUAAUAAAAAAUAUAUCUAACUCGUGGUAACGCAAUUUUAAAUGUUUGUUUUUUUUUACAUGGUGAAAAUAAUAAUAAUAAUAAUAAAUUGUUAAGUGAAAUAUUUUGAUGAGCAUUUAAAACAAUGGAACAAUUGAAUGUCGCAAAAAAUUUAAACAAAAUGUAUGAUUCAAAUGAAGAUUCGGAUUUUGCAUUGAUAAGGCGAAUUAAAAUGGAGCCAGAAACUAUAUUGACACAUGAAGAAGACAUUAUGGCACAAUUACAUCAAGAAAGUUCUGAUUUAGAAGUUGAGCCAAGUUUUGUUGUGGGACCAGGUAAUGACGAUAACUGCAGCAAUGAUGAUAUUUAUAUGCAGCAUAUGGACAUCAGAGAGCCUCUGUCCACAUUAAGAAUUUUAUUGCAACAGAAAUUAGGCAUUGAUUUAAAAGAUUAUCAAUUUUGGCUUCAAGAUGCCCAAGUGUUGGAAUGCCAUAAAAAUUUAGUUGAUCAAUGUGUCCAAGGCGAAGGUCUCGUCCAAGUUAAUGUACAAAUAAAUAUUCCCCAUAAAAAAAUAAAUAUCGUUGAUGUUUUAAAACCAGCUGAAGAUUAUGUUCAAGUAGUAGACGACCAAUCUCCAGUACCUGUACAAGAAGAUAAAAAAGUUAUUAAAUGGAUGGUAGAUGUUCAAUAUAAACAAGAACAAGAACGUUUGAAAAUACCAGCGGAUCCAGUGGAGUGGUCACAAACUCACGUAAAACAUUGGCUCCAAUGGGCUGUAAGACAAUUUAAUCUCGCGUCAAUCCGUUUAGCUGAUUGGAAUAUAACAGGUGCUCAGCUUUGCGGUCUUACUAUUGAAGAAUUCCAAGCGAAAGUUCCAAUUGACAAGGGCGACAUAUUCUGGACCCAUUUAGAAUUGUUGCGAAAGUGUAAAUUAGUCACUGUCAUUCAAAAAGAUCAAGUGACGAGUGAGAGCUUACAGGACAAUAAAGCCAUGAAAAUACGAAAUCAAAAACCGGCGAAAGCACGAGCAGUUAUAAACCAGCACUCGCGAUUAAUGGGUUUACCAUUGACAGAACCAUCGCCACAAGUACCUUCGGCAACAUCUAGCCGUGUUGUUAAUAGCAGUCAAAUACAAUUAUGGCAGUUUUUAUUAGAACUACUGACAGAUCGCGAGCAUAAGGAAUAUAUUGAGUGGGUGGGAGCUGACGGUGAAUUUAAAUUACACAAGCCUGAUAAAGUUGCUAAUUUGUGGGGGAAACGUAAAAAUAAACCCUCGAUGAAUUAUGAAAAAUUGAGUCGCGCACUCCGUUAUUAUUACGAUGGUAAUAUGAUUUCAAAAGUUCAGGGUAAAAGAUUUGUUUAUAAAUUUGAUUGUGAUUUAAAAAAUCUGCUUGGCUAUUCUGCUAAGGAACUAAGUAAUAUCGUUAACGAAACCCCUAAAUACUGCUGAUUACAAAAUUAUUAUUUUUUAUUUUUAUUUUAAUAAACUAGUGGCUAGAUACAUUAAUUUAAAAAAAAAAAAAAAAACAUUUAUACAGACAUAAUAUUGAAUUAUAUAAUCUUACUAUGAUAAUUAUUAUUAUUAUAAAUUGUGUAUUUUUAUAUAAUUGUAAUACAGUGGAGUUGAAAAUUAUUUAAAAAAUCAAUAAGUAUUUAUUUCCUUGUUAAAAUUUUUUUUUUCAUUAUCAGUAAUAGAUUAGAUAACAAUAUAAUCGAGUUGAACAAAAUGACGUUUUGUUGCUCGUAAUUACAGAGUUUCAUAUAAAUUUAAAAUAUUUAACACUAAAAUACAUCAACUGCAUACAUAUAAAUAUUAGCAGUACAUAAUAUUUUUAAAAUUAAAUAAAACAUUCAUACAACCAAUCAUUUUUAUAUUAAACCUUCUCUAGUCGAUAUAUAUAUUAUUUAAAAAUAUGACUUGAAUUACUAUUCCAUAAAUGACUUGGUAAUUAAACUAUUAAUUGCAAAUGAAAUAAAUUCGAUUGAUAUUUAUUAUCAGCAAAUGGACAGGAUUUUUAGUUAUUUAACAGAUAUAAUAUUUAAAUGAUCCUUAUUAGAUAUAAAGAAUACAAAACAUUCUCCUUGACAUACCACAUACUCUCCACAACAUGAUGUCAUUUGCGUAUAUAAGCAAACCCCUUUCGCCGGUCCCAUUUAUAAUAACAAAAAGCUAUUGUAUAAGAUACCGUAUUGUAAACAGAAAGAAAAAUAUAUAUAUAUGUAUAUAUACUUAAUUUUUUUUAUUUUCUAUAUAUGUAUAUAUAUAUAUAUAUUAUAAAAUGUAACACGUUUGGACAUGCACUUAGCCGAUCCAUCGUGGUGACGAGACUGCGUUACAAGGGCCGGCGAACGUUUGCGGUGCCGGACCGGUCGUUCGACCGGCCAAAAGGCAGAACUCAUCGCCAAUACCAGAGAAUCUAGCCUGUGAGAUAUCGGUCGCGACGUCACAAGUUAGGGUCUCAGGGAACCGGCGAAGCGGCAGGCUUAUAUUUAUAUUUAUAUAGCCUGCUCGCCAUUGCCCUCCUCUCAAUCCUGAUUUAUAUACUCAUCCUUAUCAUCAACAUCAUCAUUACAUCCUAAUCAUCUCUUUUACUCUCAUACAUUCUUUAUUAUAAUAUCAUUUACUCAUUAUUUUCCAUCCAUUAUAACUAAUAAAUGACAUUUAGCAGGAAUGUGGCCGAGACAUUGAAAAAACUAAUUAUUGAAUCUUCACCAGACAUCUCAACUUGUAGGCUUGUAAAUAAUCAACAAAAUUGAAAAAUUAAUGUGACAAAUAAUACUGAUAUUGUUAUUGCGUGACAAGUACUCGUUUUUUUUUUCAUUUUCAAGUGAUUCUAAAGUUAGCAGACGUCUAAUAAUCUAGAAUUUUUUUCAACCCAAUAAAUUUAAAAAAAAAAUUGCACUUAUAGAUUUUUUAAUUUUCUACAUGUGCAUUUUUUUAUUUAUUGUUUUUUUUGUAAUUGAUCUGUUGAAAAAAAAAUCCGAAAAUUUCUGUCUGCUAACUUCGAAACAUUUUCAAUGUGUGCACAUUCCUGCUAUAUAUUAUUUAUUAUUUAUUAAUUUACUCAUCAUUCUCACAACCUACUACUACUAGUCAUUCAAUAUUUCAUCCAUUUAUAAUUUAAUAACAAUAAUUGUAAUAAUAAUAGUUAUUAUUAUUUUUAUUAUGAGGAUUAGAGCGUUUUAAUUAAUCUCCCCCAGGCAACAAUAACGUAGUCCAUGUCGUCUUGAAAUAUUGUCUGUGACGUUGU